AUGGGCCGCCUGUGUCUGCACCAGGAGGAAGUUCUAUGGUUGUGGAUUGCCAGUAUAAUAUAUGGAGCGUAUGCGGCAGUAUUCGCUUCCUGCGUGUAUAUCCUGUUGUCCAGACUGCAGGCCAAGAAUUUGAUGAACGGCCGCCUGCUGCUUGUCACGGUCCUGCUAUUUGUAACCUCUACCGCGGCGAUCACUCUGAACUUCCUGGUGGAUCUCCUGAUCAUCGAUGUGCCGACCAGUGGUACGAAUGCGGAGGAGCUACAUCUUCCCAAUAUAAUCGUGUCUAUUGAGACACCUUUGGUCCUCCUCAAUAGUCUGAUCGGGGACGCCUUACUGAUAUGGCGCUGUUUCGUGAUGUGGGAUAGAAGAAUCAAGUUCGUGCUACUUCCUUGCUUGUCGUACUUUGUGUGCCUCGGGACAUUCUGCACGACGGCCUAUUGCAUAAUCGCAUUGACUGCCUCUAGGCAGACCGUACUAUCUGCAACCUGGAGGCGACACAACAUCUUGUCUGCCAACUUUGGCUAUUCUGGUUUAACCUUCUUCGGAGCCUCGUUGGUCACUGUUUUGGCCACGACUGUCCUUAUCUCUUGGCGAAUCCUGCGGACUAACAAAGCAUUGCGCGAGCAUCUCAACGUCCCCAGAGGUCGACAAAUUCGUAGAAUAGGAGUACUGUUCAUCGAGACCGGCCUGGCAUAUGCAAUAUGCAUCUUACUUAUCUUCGUGUUGACAUUUUUGAGGGAGGGCGUGAACCUUGGGAUAGUUCCCUGCUUGGCGGCGGCCUUGUUCCCCACGGCCCUUGUAGCUCUCGUGGCUUUGGGUAAAGUCGUACAUCCUACCACCAUGCACAUAGAAGACCUGGAUACCAGGCAAGGCAUGUCGCUACCCAUGCUAGCAUUUGCCCCUACCACGUCUGAAGACGACAGUGCGUUCUUGUCCCGAGGCAAUGCUCCUGCCUCGCUCGAUGGGCCGAAGGAGCAACUCGGGAUGAAGAGGCACUCAGUGUGA